CAAUAGUAACAGCUACACAAAACACGAAGCGUAGUGGGGCGACUGGUGAGAGUUGUUUUGACGCUCACUUUCUGGAAGAAACUCCGGCAAAAUGUUACCAGAUAAGUGAUCAGUGGCAUUCUAUGGGGCGAUGGCGACCUAAAGGAGAGUCGAGAUGGCGGUAGACCUGGCGAAGAACGCCGGCUUCGACCGAGAAGUCGUGCGGACUCGACGGGGCGACCAGCAGGAGUAUUUCUCGUCGCUCCUCUGUAAGGACAAGCGGUCUCAUGAGGCCCUGGAGAUGCUCGUCUCUGACCUGCACGCGGACAAGGAGGGCACGGUCAGCACUUUCUUGAGCCACUCGGGGUCCGAGGAUUUCCUGUGGGGACUGGUCAGGCUACUGGACACCGAUAACCCCAGGGUUGGAGGGAAUGCUGCCUACAUCCUGGGUACGAUAGCGGAGAACGAGCUUGGUGCCGCGCGGGUUCUCAGCCUGACCAAUGGGAAGGCAGGGGAACAGAUCCUGGAUGACCUGACCAACAUGCUGAUGCUGACCGAUGCAGAGUCAGUCAUGAAUGCUGCAGGGACCAUUGGGACACUGGCUGAGAGUUCAGAGGGUAGAGACUGGAUGCUAGGCGAGCCCCACCUGGACAACACUGUCAGUAACGUUACCAACCUUCUCACUUCCAACAACCAGUGGAUAGCCAGUAAUGCUGCAUUAGUGCUGGCCAGAUUGACGAUAUCAGAAACCGGCUGUAACCGAAUCCUGGACCACGAGAGCUCAGAACUGGUCCUCACCAAACUGGUUCUAUCCCUGGGGGUGGACAAAGCUGGUCUGGGGAUGAAUUCUGCUUUUGCGGUGGGCCGACUGUGUGACAUGGAGCCGGGGAGGUCACGGCUACUCAGCUUACCUGACUCUGAGAAAAUGUUUACCUCCCUUGGCAAAAUGCUGUGCCACGGAGACACGGGAUCCAGCAAAAAUGCCUGCUUUGCCGUCAGUUGCCUAGCGACCAGCCCAGAUGGCCACGCCCGGUUGCUAGGCAGUAGGAGUUGCAAUGAGCUGCUAACGGCGCUAGGCCGUCUUCUGAAGGCUGAGGAUGGGGAAACUGGAUGGUUCGCUGCCAUGACAUUGAGGACACUGGCUAGUGUAGGGAAGGGUGUAGUUAGACUGAGAGACCAUGCAGAGGUGCUCCGUUCUCUAAAGGAGAUGGAGUCUAGGGAAGAUGUCAGUCCAGACCUGCGAGAUGAAGUCAUCACAACCUUAGAGAUUCUUAAGAGGUUGGAGAGACCUGAAGCACCCAGGAUAGAAGUCAGAGGGUCCCACUCAUGUGAAGCUGCAUGGGAAGCCAGUACAACCAAGAGUGGUCUCCCCAUCACAUAUAGACUGUAUGAAGGAAACAGAAUAGCGUACCGAGGAGCUGAUCUCCACUGUGUGGUGGAUGGUUUACAGCCGUACACACAGUACAGCUUCAGACUACAGGCUGCUACCGAGGGGGACGGGAGUCCGCAGAGCGACCCUGUCAUCGUUAGGACAGAGGAGUCAAUCCCAGGAGAGCCCACAGGCCUGAGGGUGAUCAAUGCCACCACUACCCAACUCAAGGUGUGCUGGUCCCAGCCUCUCAGGCCAAAUGGUGUCAUCAAGGGAUAUGCAGUAUACCAAGGUAAAACCCAGACAGAGUCCACACAGGAACUGAGCAGCAUUAUUUCGGGGCUGCAGCCACAGACAACCUAUGAUAUACACGUAUGUGCAAUAACAAACAAAGGAAAGGGUCCUCGAUCAAGUGUCAAGGGAAGAACAGAAGACCUUGGUGCCCAUGCGCCCGAGAAACCAUCGUUGACAGUCCAGGGCCGUCACGAGGUGUUCGCCACCUGGGACCUGCCAGAGGUACUGCUGGGUCGUCUCACCAAGUUCGAGCUCCACGUGAACGGGAAGAUCGUGUACUCCGGCACCGACAGGUCAUUCAAGGUCACCAGGCUCAAACCUGACACUGACUACUCUGUCACUGUUGUUGCAGUGACCAAUCAGGGGAAGUGUGAGAGCGAAGCGUCCAAAGUACGGACGGCCAAGGAUGAAUACUCCUCAGCAUCAGGAGGACCCCUACAUGUUCCCAAGCAGCUUCCUGUGGAGACAAAAGACUUGGAUCAAGUCAGUGUCGGAGGAGGUUCCAAGAAGAAGAUGAGCCACACCUGGGAUGGGCCCAAAACUAACCGAGUCAGCACCCCGACACGUGCACACAGGGAACGUGGGAUGCACGCUCUGUACCUCGUACUGUCUGACUCUAACAGUAAAGAGCGAGGGAAAACGAUGAGUGCCAGCAGCAGUGGUAGCGGAGACAGCAGGAACCCGGAGAGGGUGACCAGAUCCAAGUCUUACGACUCCGGCUUCUCAGACUACAAGGAUAAACCAGUGAGAGUCAAGUACACAACAAAACCAACCCCCGUGCUCCAACCUCUCCCCAUGGCCCAGGCCUCAUCCACAGACCUGACUGAAGAUCUCACAUCCGUUCAGCCAGUUCACAUAGAAGCUGUCAAUCAAAAAGCUUACGAAGCCUUUGCCCGGCAAAACCGACCCGAAACCCCCAAGGGGGCCGCGGUGUCCAAGACUAAGGUACGUUCCUACUGGAAGGAACCGGUGAAGAAUUCUGAAAUGUACAAACCGAAUGUGAAACUAGAAAAACUGAGGCCGUGGCCACCUGAGCUUGGUAAUGGCAAGAGGGUGGUCUCACCACCAAGUAGGAAAGACUCUUCAUCGCCAAAACAAGAACAGGGUAAGGAUCAGUCUCCCAAAUAUACUUCUCCAGCCAGAGUACAGUUCAUUGACAACAAGAAAGGACAUGAAAGCAAAAUGGCAGAAGAAGACACAAAAAGACAAGUAAGAACUCGGGAAAGACCAAACGGCGCUCGGCGUCCGAGUAGCCAAGAAACCUUAGAAUCCAAUGGAGGUCAACGGACUCCAACGUCACCUAAAGUAAGGACUUUCUCACCCGAUAUUCCACAACAUAGAAAAGGAUCAGGGAACCACAGAUAUAUAGCAGCUAAUUCAGAAACUGGAGAUUCACAUGUACAGAGACAUCACCGCGAGCAUCUCUCAUCGGGGCACCAGAACCAUUCGGACGGAAAACGUUCACGUGGUUCAAGUGGUUCAGUGCACUAUGUCACCAUGGACACCAUGUCAUCAUUUCCAGACAAUAAUGGGACUGGACAAGACAACAUAGAUGGUUUUCCACAGGAAAUGGGAGAGUUGCACGAGGCAUUCAGGGACGGAAGGACGUGUGAACCAAGGGGUGAUUCACGGAAAGGAAGCUGGGAUUACGGAAGAUCCUCUUCUGAAGACGUUAGAGCUGGCAACUCUUUCAUAGACAGUAAAGAUGGGAGAGUCUUCAACAGUCUGUCUGAAACAGAGAAAGCAAAAGGUGUCAAGAAAUUUCGUGAGAUGAGACUUCCCCAUCCUAACCCUAUAACCAGAAGAACACAGGACCCUACAGUGGAGAUCUCAGUUGGGAAGGGGUUUGCAGCAGUGCCCAGUAGCUAUGUACAGAGGACUGAGGCCUUCAUCAAAACACACAGACCAGCGGUUAGAAAGUCCCUCAUCUCCAACUUCCCCCCGACCCGGAUAGUUCCUCCCCACAGCCUGGGGGUGGGAGGGAACAAGAGCAUGUGGCAGCCUGAGUUCCCCUCCCGUCCCCUGGAGAAGAGCAACUCCAACAAGUUUGUACCCAUGCAGUACAGAACCCAGCCCCUCAACAUGCCCACACCAGGGCUGCACAGGGAGGGAACCAUCCCAAACCUAUUCAGCAAAAGUGCAUUUCUACAGAAGUUAGAGGCCCUGGGGUACACAGGCUCCAAAACUAACCUCAGACCCAUGUACGACAGCACCCCAGAAAAGAAACCUGGUGCGAAGGCAGCUACAACCGAGAAAGAUAGGUCACCUCCAGCCCACCUGAAGACCAGCAAGGAUCCACACCUGCACGCCUCCUGUCAGUAUUCCCCGGCACUGCAGCACAGCCUGACAGCCCACCACAACAGACAUGCAGUACCUGUAGUCACCGAGUCCGUCUGUGUCCCCACAACCUCCCCCUCCCCUGACCAUGUGCUACAGAGCCCCAGUUGACAAUGAGUCGUGCAACACCUUGCUAUUCAUCAAACAUGAAUCCCAUGAAAGCCACAGGUUGCAGGGUUGGACAAGUCCACUGGCUCAAUUUUCCUUGGCAAGUGAAAGGGCUGAUUGGACAAGUGUUUGUCUUACCCCACUUGUCCGAUCGGGCAAGUAAGAUUUUUCCAUGAACGAGAUUUUGAUAUAUUUGUUACUUUUCCCUGUCAUGGCAUCAAGCAUUGUUCAAGACAGAAAAUAGAGCCUAUCAUAAAAGAAUUCUUUACUGGAAGUGAAAAUACAUAGAAAAAUGUUUAGAUUUCAGACAAGUGAAAA